UUAUCACACUUCAUUUAUCACUACCGGUAGUCUUUUAUCCGGUUCGGCCUUAAAUAUCAUAUUUUGUCCUGACACGCCACUUGGUUCACGAAAGAUCGUGUAAUUUUCGGAGAAUAUUCGGUCGAUUUUCGGUCAACCGUCCCGUUAAUUGUCAACUCCCACUUGUAGGCGCGCUGUUGCCAUCCGAGAAUCGAAUUAGAAGGUGAAGGAAGCACUACUGCUGUAAUCAAAUGUCUUCAGCUGAUUGUUGUUGUGCCAUGUGGCAGUCGCCAAUUCAGGGCGUACUGAGACCCGCUGUAUGGUUGCCUGGUGUUAGAAAUCUCCAUAGUUGUAAAGAGACGUGGAUAAUACCAGAAGCAACUCCAGAAGUGUGCUUAGAACAUUUGGUAUCAGCCAUAUCCUUACUUAGUGAAGCUGAGAAGAUGCAUAUAAAUAAGAUUCAUCAUGAAAGACAUUUUGUGCAAAUAUUUUCUUAUACUGAAGCUGAGUGGCUGGACAUUGUGGAAAUAGAAUUUCAACCAGGGCAGGAGAGAGGAACUCUUGCGAAGGCAAAGUCAUUUUCAACAGGAUUUCUUCCUUUGAUGAUUCCAUUUGCCUUUCUUCUAAACAUGAUCUUUUUCUUUGUCCCUUUUUCUGAUAAUAAAUACAAUGAGAAGAGGUUGACGCGAAUUCGUCAAAAAAUGAAUCUUCACAUUGAAGUUGCUAGAAAAGAGUCAUAGAAAUUAUAAAAUUUCUAACAUUUCAAGAGUCAAUCGUCAACUACUCAUUGAAGUAUCAUAAAUAAAAAAUAGAAGUUUUGAAAAAUAUAGAAUGUUAAUCAUGUCUUCAGGAGUAAUUUGAAAUUGCCUUCUGUGGUAAAUGAUAGGUUACAGGAAAUAGUUUAAGUAUGGUAAUUUAAGAGUUGAGAACUUUUUUUAGUUUCCAUAUUGGAGUUUGUUUUAAAUUGAAACUGGAUGGCAUUUAUUUACUCAUAGCUUAGGAGCUAGGCCCAAUUUCUGUCACUCUUUGGAGUCUACUUUUUGUUCCCUACCCAAAGAAGGUACAUAAACUUGAUUCCUAACAGUGGCUGGCUAGAGCAAGUCUUCCCAUCAGCACAGCCUGGAGCUUUCAGAGGAGGGGUCCCACUUGGCAUUUAAGGGAAUUUGCACAAGACAGUCUCAUUUUGGUCUACAAAAAGCCCUUGGAAACUUUUUGAUCUCAUCAAGAGGUUUUGUAUUGCCUGUUUAAAUGGCAUUCAAAGAAAAAUUAAGACAGAAAUUCUUUUUUUUUUUAUAUAAAUCUAAUUUUUUAACAUUUCAUGAUAAUAUGAGGGAUUCUGGUAUAAAAAAUCUUAGAUGACUUACAUUUAUAGCUUCAUGCAGAAAGGCAUAGGUUGCAUUUUUCAGUGGUGGAUUCCACACUAUCUUUGUAGUCGAUCAAACUGUCCAUAUGAGAGUUGUCCUGAAAGGGAUUGUUGUCAGUGGCGGUCACUGAGACUCUGACAACCUGAAAGGAAGUCAUCAGUAGGGUCACUUAACUUACUUCUGUUCAGGUUGUCCAAAUGUCAGGAACUUUCACUGACAACAGACCUUUUUUAGGAGACUAUCAUGCAAACAGUUUGACCAUAUGAUCAACUGCCAACCCCUGGGUUUAAAGUAUUUACUGCACUAUCUUCCUACUGAUAUUUGGGGCAUGCCAAGUGAUUUUAAGUAAGAUCACUUUUAGAUGAAUUUGCAUGCAAGCUAAAUUUGGCCUUUUAGAUGUUAAUAAAAGAUAAUUUAACAUUA